GUAGUUACACACUCAUCACUUAAUAGAAAAAUACGUCUCUUCUUUCGGUAAAGAAGAAAGAUUUGUAAUCUGCAGACCUGACACUACCGUGAAACCAUCGGUGUUAAGUCCAUGAUGUGGACCAUAACCACGGUGGUACUAACCCUCCUUGGGGGAAUGGCUGCUGGACUGCCUGAUAUGCCAUCGGUUGGCGAUCUGGUUGAUGCUGUAGGAGAUAGGCCCUUCAGAUCACUGAGGGAUCUGAAUGAUUAUACAAAUAGUCUUCUUGAUCUUGCUAACGAUCAUAUGGCAAGGUCUUUCGCAACAGAGACGCGACGAUACAAAAGGCAUCUUCAUACUACCACAACUACAGUAAGUGGUAUAGCAGGACUUGGCACAGGAUACACCUUUGCCAUGGACGACUUGUCAAAGUUGAACUCUACAAAUUUUCUUGGGGUGACUAAACUAACGGUGUAUGAUGGCCAAAACAAUGCUUACUGGAUUCUGACUUAUGACGGGCCUCAUAAGCAUCAUGCUGUGGUUGCAGUGGAUUCAACUUUGGCCUUGUUGAAACUUGUAACAACUUUUCAGUUGCCUGAUUUUUCAGUCUUGGGAGAAUGCGAAGCCUAUAUCCACAAUGGAGUACUAUGGGUGGUAAUAUCCAGUGUGGACAAUAACUUGGUCCAAACACUUCGUGUGGACCUCCUCACAUCGAAUCUGGAUAUGCCCCAAGUCCUCCAAGUAAAUGGGAUCGUAGGGGGAAUGCAUCUAUUUGAAGAUGGUGGCAGUUUGUAUUUGGCGACUGGUAUAAGAAGUGCCAUUAAUGAACCAGAGAUGGCACCAGACUCAAGUCUAUACAAACUAGUGGGUCAUCACUUCGAUAAGCAGGAUGGAGUAUCAUUCAGAUGUCGGAAUGUAACCAGCAUAACUGGCUUCAAAAACCGUGGAGAACACUACUUAGUCUUUGGCACGUCUAAUGCUGGAGGUUCCAGUGUGUAUAAAUUCAACGGAGCCUUGAGUACCAUGUAUUUAAGCCAAAUACUAAAUGAGGUGCAAGUCUCUAGCACUGCAUACUUCUAUGAGCAGCAAGAGGGGAAACACUAUGUAAUCCUAAAUACUGAUGCUGAAGCCGUUGUCUACCGUUGGGAAGGGCUAGGAUUUAUCAAAUGGCAAACUCUGGAAAUGCAGACCUCCGUACCAGCUAUUACAAGCCUACAGUCUUUCACUCUUCCAUCACUUGAAACGAUUCUCUUGACUUCCCGUGGCGAUAGUGUGACAUUUUAUUCGGAGGACUUGUAUGGUUAUUUCAAGCCUUCCUUUGUAAUGCAAACCAAUUGCCACUCCAUAAGCUAUCUGCUUGUGAAAAAACUGAUAGAUGACUAUGUGCUGCUGUAUGUCUGUAACGAAGGCCUAGAGAACCGUCUAGACUCUAGAGAACUCACCCUUGAUGGAGUAUUUUUAGAAAAACCGAAGGACACGGAAGACCACCUUCUCGAGUGUCUUGCUGAGUUGGAAGGAGACUUGGAUGCCAGAAAACCAACUAUUUCUCUGCUUGAACAAGCAAUUGCAGAUGAAAUUGUGAUAACUAAUGAUUUACCACAGACCUGGCAAGCAAUGCAGGUCUUUGCAGCCGGAUUGACUGUUGCUGGUACAACGAGUAUCCUUCAGACUGCAAAUGUAAAGGGCCAAGGUACAAUACAACCAAAUGAAGAAACUUUCGACGAGUUUUCCUCCAAAACGGAUAACCUGAAGGAUGGUGUAGCAGUCCUAGGUGCUAACUUGAACAAUGUCUUGUACCACUCGACAAACCAAGUCAUUUCUGGGCCGGCUGUUGCUUCGGUCAUAACUGCAGACCUGCUAGAAUCGAAUAGCACGAGGGUCACUAAGUUGAAUGAAAUGCCAGUGCUGGAUAUGUCGUCAACCUUCAUGAUUGAUGGAAUAGACCAGAAUGUAAUUUCUUCCAUGCACAUUCAUUCGCUUAAGACUGAUGUCUUUUCUACAAGAGAGCAAGGCUCGUCUGCGUCUAUCAAUAAUGUGCUUACCAACCAGUUCAUGAGACUUUCUGUUGCUUCUCAAGAAGUAACGGGUAACCACCACUACAAUGACAUUCAUGCAAACGGCAUCCAUGGCAAGCAGGGUGAUGGAUCUCAAUUAUUACUUAAUGGCAUAGAAACCUAUAAAAUUGUUACUAAAGGAAACAAUUUUACCUUUGUGGACAAGAAAACUUUCAAUAGCCUGACUGUUCUCCAGGAGUUAGGUGUUCAACUUGUCAAUGAAGUCGACCUAUCUGAUCUUUCGAGCCACUUGGUGUACCAGAAUACAUUCAAGCACCAAAUACUGGACGGCUCAUUUAUUCUAAAUGAUGUAACUGUGGAUGGCAAUGUUGAUGUUAACAACAUCAAUAAUGUGGACAUGAACCAACUGAAUACAAUGGUUGUCAGAACUACUGGAGACUUUACAUUAUCUGGUGAUGUAACCUACCAAAAUGACUUCCAUGUGUCUGGAAACCUGCUCAGCUCAACACUGAAUGGAAUUGCUAUGGAUAACAUAGUAGAUAAGGAUACCACUCACAUUAAUGGUCUCUAUACAUUUACAAAUGUUAACAUUAAAACGGCUAUAGGCUGCUCCAACAUCAAUGGAAUAAAUCUAAGUGUUGAUGUUGUGACGGUUGAUGCUGACCAGACUAUAUCAGGAAAUUUAACCUUCACUGACAACGUGGUAGUGACUGGCCCUGAAGGAGUAAGGAUGCUGGACUCUGUUACCAUUAAUACUAUAGACCCCUCUAGCCUCGAUAAAAUGGAUGACAAUGGUAACCUGUUUGUAGAAAGGGCCGUUGUUUUUAGUGCACCACUUCAUGUGACGGAGGAUGUAAAUGUUGAAGUCCUCAAUUCAUUGGCACUCGAAGGCCUGGAAAACCGUUACUGGAGAAAGGGCACUCAACAAGUCAUUGAUGUUUUGCCCCACAUUGGAUCUACCACCUUCAGCAAGCCUGUGACGGCUAAGAACAUUAACACCCACCAGAUGGCAGACUUUUUGUCUGUAACAGGCUCCCAAACCAUCAAUGGAGCAUAUACCUUCCAGGGUCUAGUAACACUAGAUGCAAGUCUGCAAGUAACAGAUGGCAAGUUAAUCGAUGGUAUCGAUGUAUCCUCGGUACAUGAUAACUUGGUAACUCUGUCUGGUAAUCAAGACAUAGAAGCAGAGACUUCCUUUGGGAAGCUGACCAUAUCGGGUGACUUGGUGCUGAAUGGUGACCUCAAUGGAUGGAAUGUUGUGACAGAUUUUGUACGGCUUGAUCAAUCCCUACCUCAAACUGGGAGCCUUGCCUUCGUGGACCAAACUACUGCAACAUCUCUGCAGCUGUCUAGUGCAGACAUUGUUGUUCAGAGCCUUAAUGGAAUGAAUGUGCAGGCUGCUAAAGAUGAUUUGGUCUUGGUAAAUGAAAGUGCAUCACUUGCUGGGCCCCUGAGGUUCACAUCUAGCACAACAGCAAACGACCUCCAUGUUAGUGGAUUGGUUGACGGUGUUGACGUGACGGAUCUUGUGGACCGCAGCCUUAAGAAGACCUCUGCCACACCACAAGCGGUAACGGGGGCAAUAACGGUUAACAAUGAUGUUCACUUUGAUCAGAGCCCAUCUCUGGCUAUAGUUAACAGCAAGGACUGGACCACCCACCUCGACAAGGUUGUGCCACAAAACUACAACGGUGCAAUUGGCGGAAAGAAGACCUUCACGAAGCCAGUAUCUAUAUCCGGCAACUUCAACCCAGCCACCAUAAAUGGGUUUAGUGUAGCUGUGGUAUCGGACAGAAUACUGACCAAGAGUACAAACCAGAAUGUUGGCACAAAGUAUACCAUCAGUGGGGAAGUUGUGGCUACUAAUGUGGUUGCAGCAGAAAUUGAUGGAGUAUUGACCUCCAAUCUGCUGCUCAAAGAUAUGAGCAGUACAGUGGCUGGCACAGUGGAUUUUGCUGAGAACUUGGUUGUUGCCGAUGUAACUUCAGAUUCGAGAGUUCUUGAUGGCUGCAAUUUAAUUCAGUUGAACACCUCAACAAUCUGGAAAAACGGUAAUGAUGUGGUAAUACCCUUCAACAUGGCAGUGACAAACCUUGUGGUUAAAAAUGCAGCAACUGCAAAUGCUGCAGUGAAAGCAGGAACGAGCCCCAUGGAUGUCUUCUAUUUCCUGGAUAAGCUAGUAACAAAGUCUUCUAACCAAGAAAUCUCUGGCGCUGUGGAAUUCGUGACCAACUUGUCUGUGAAUGACCUUUCAACAAACGCCAUAGAUGGUGUUAAUGUAGAUUCUCUCUAUGCAACGACUGUUAUGGACAAUGAGGCCAGUGUAAUAAACUGUGACAUAGCCUUCACCAAACUUCUGACGGUUGGUAAUCUGAAGGUAAAAACCUCCCUGCAUGGACCAGGUGUUGAAGGAGUGUUGAUAGAUGCAAUGAAUGUGACCGAUGUAAAUAUCCAUGCAAUCCACUUGACGGGUGGACCAUAUCUGAUCACUGGCGACAAGACUUUCAACAUUGGUCUUUCUGUUGGAGAACUUGCUAUUGAUGGAUUGUUGGAUGGAGUACCUGUAGACAACUUGGUGGUGCUCUCGGACUCGACUAGAAGUGCUGCUGAUCUCGUCUUCAAAGCUAUGAUCUCGAUAAAUGGAGAUCUACAGGUCGAUGGGCUGUUGGAUAAUGUAAACCUGGAGCAGCUCUUAACUGACCGGAUCAAACUAGAUACUACUGAAACUUUAAGCUCUUCUACUACUUUUGAUGGAGUGAAAGUGGAAGGUGACCUCCAUGUUGACACCAUAGAUGGAAUACUGGUGUCCGACAUAGUAUUUAAGUCGGGAAGGGUACAGCAAGAUAUUGAAGGAGUUAAAACCUUUACUGGAGGGCUACAUGUAGUGGGUGAAACGGAGGCCCCUGUGAUAAAUGGAGUAAAUAUUCUGGACUUGAACAAUAACGUAGUCCGGAAAGACCGGGCGGUAACCAUAACUAAAGAAAGGGUCUUCGAUAAGCCGUUAGACUGCCAAGUAAAUGUGUUGGUACAAGGAAACGUAAAUGGUUAUGAUCUUUCUGAAACCGACUAUGAAGCCUCGGUACUACAAGGAAACAUUAUAGCAGCAAGUGACCGCUUGGUGAACCUCAACUCUACUUUGUCAUCGAUCCAUGUUGAGACAAAGCUACUAUCCUGUGGAAUGUACGAGACCUACCACUUUGGCGAAAAAAUAAGUGAGAAGGCCGUAUCCAUUUCUGGAAGAAUGAGUUAUGGAACAUUUGGAGGGAUCUCGAUGAUGGCCGUGCGGGAAUGCAGUGACUACGAAUGCAGAUGUCCUUUGCAAUAUGCUCUCUAUGAAGUUGAUGAUAACGGCAGUAUAACCCAGAUCGAGACCGAUGUAAACUCUGCUAUCAUCUUCAGUACAGAAGGUUAUGAAGGCACAGGACUACUCGGCAGCUGUACCAAUGGCGGUUCAAGUACUGUAAAGCUCUUGCAUAACCAGAAGGAAACGGACCUACCACAGGGAUCGACACUAGGGAUUAUUGCAGAUGCAAAAUCCUUCAAUACCAGUGAUGGCACCUAUAUAGUGACCGCAGGUGCAAUAUCUACCUCCAAUACUGCAACAACAAAAGUCAGCGUGUUGAAGCUGACAAACGAUACCAUAGAUAUAAUUUGGUCUCUGGAUACUUCCUAUAGUGCUUCAACAGUGGACUUGACUUUGGGAGACCAAGGUUGGAUGCUUUUGGUAGCAAAUUUGAUGGCGGCAAAUGAUACUAUUGAUCCUUUCAUGGCUCCAUCACAACUGUAUCGCUGGUCUACUGCAGAAGAAAAGUUCUCCCUUGUUCAAGAGUUCAUGGGUCAACAUGUGACUUCGGGUAUCUUCCUAAAUUCAAGGAAGAAUCUGAAAGAAGAAUUCUUUACCCUGGCUCAGUAUAAAGCAGCAAAAUCGCAAGUACAGGGAACGAAAUUGAAUAAAGAAGUGCAGGUGUUCAAGUAUAUCGACUCUGGUUAUGUCCCCUUCGAGAGUCUAGCAACUUUCGGAGCUAUUGCCCAAGCCUCCAUCUACAUAGGAGAUGACCUUUACUUGGCAGUACUUUCAGACUUUACAAAUACCCUAGAUGUCUAUGAACUCUUACCUUCUGAUGGAUUCCACUUCCAGCAGAGCAUUGCAGUAUGCGAGUCUCCCGUUGACAUGAAGAAGGCAGAAGACUUUCUUAUUAUUUCUUGUAUAAACCCAAGUCGAAUGAUGACCAUAAGAUUAAAUGCCAAAGGAUAUUCUUACGGAUUAUAAGUAGAGUGUGGAACUAGUAUUUUAACUUUUAAUAUAUAUGUCUAUGGUA